AUGUUCAGCGGAGUGCUUGUGUUACGAUCUUUGUUCUUAAUAAUUCGUAAUAAUUAAAAUUCAACUAAAGGCGUUUGAUAACUUAAACGUUUAACGAAACUGUGUAAAUAGAAUAAGUACAAUUAAAGCGUAUAGUGAUAAUGCGAUAUUAAAUAAAUUUUGUUUAUUUGUAUUUCGUUCUACAUUUAGUUGUUAUUUACAAAAGAAAGUUACUUAGGUUUCAUUUUGAAUGGCUAAAGAUGCGUGUUAUUAACAGAAAUUUGGUGUUGUUACUAAGUAUCUUGUGUGUUAGUGGUGAUUAUAACGUGGUGUAUAAUCAGCAUUCUUUGGAACUGACCCAGUCCUUGAACUUGGCAAGGCAAGAGCAGAUCCAGGACCGAUGUAAUAGGUAUCGGUUGUCGUGGUCUGUUGAUGAUUUACCCAAUAAUCAGUUGGAACACAUAAUAGUUGAUGAUGAUCGCAAGCUUCUCUACUGCUAUGUCCCUAAGGUGGCAUGUACUAAUUGGAAAAGACUACUCAUGACUUUGGGUGGAAAGUGGAAUGGAACUGAUGUUCUAGCGAUACCUGGCCAUAUAGCCCACUCCCCAGGCAUGUUUAGAAAUCUUAGUUCAGUGCCUAAAGAAGAGCGAGAUGAUAUGCUGGAGAAUUAUAACAAAAUGAUUAUUGUAAGAAAUCCAUUUGAAAGACUUCUAUCCGCAUACAGAAAUAAAUUAGAAAUAGAUACACCAUCUGCAACUUAUUUUAGGAAUCGACUGGGUAGGAGGAUCAUUAAGGCUUUCCGUGCUAACCCAUCGAACGAGUCCCUUGAACUGGGAGAUGAUGUCACGUUUAGGGAGUUCGCCCUCUUUCUAACAACGAAGACAGAAGAACUGGCGGACAUGGUGAAUAAUGAACAUUGGCAGCCGAUCACCAAUUUGUGCCAUCCGUGCCUCAUUAAGUACACAUUAGUUGGCAAAUACGAAACUCUACUGGAUGACGCCCUUCUAGCUCUUCACACCAUCAACGCCACAGAUAAAGUACAAUUCCCAAGGCUGUCUCACACUUCAGGAACUUCAGAAAAACUCAGCAAGUAUUACGCCCAACUCGAGUUGCCGCUAAUAAGUAAAUUGUACAAAUUGUAUAAAUACGAUUUCAGAAUUUUCGAUUACCAUGUAGAUAAUAUUGUUGGUUAUGAUUUAGGGUAGUUUAAACGCACAUAUUACUUGGAUAAUUUAUACAGGAUUAUACCUGGAAGAUUUGAUCUGAGUUUUAAUGAGAUUGGAUCUUUUUACAUAAGUCUUCCAAUGCAACUGUAUACACAAUACUUUUAAUACAUAAAUCGAUAAAUAUAUCAAAUUAUGUCAAAUAACGUCAUACAACUGUCAAGUUUUUUAAGACUUGGAUAUAUUUUAUGUAGAACUCGUAAAAGAGAGAAAUAUUUGAAAACCUUGGUACUAAGAUAUGAUUUACUAAGCCAUUGUGUUCAAACUGCAACAAUCUAGAUAUUUGAAUGGAAGAAAACAAUGCAUAAUCGCAAGGCCUAAGGUAUAUACGUUAUAAUUAAUCAAAUACAUUAUUAGCUGCGCCUGUGUUGAAGCUAUCCUACACUAGAUAUGCCAGUAGUCAAUUGAAUUUUUUUUGUUUCCACCGCACAUGAGAAACGCGACGGGACAAUAUCGUAUUAAAUUAUCACGUACUAGCUGAGCUUGAAGAUUCUAUGAACGACUCGUAUAUUUCACAUAGAAGUAGAGAAAUCUCUCUAAGGCUUUGCACUAAGCUAUUUUCAAGGUACAGAGAAUCUAGAUAUUUGAAUGGACCAGAACAAUAUGUAUAGGUCUGAGAUAUAUACGUAAUUAAUUACGGCCGGUUCUCACAGGUCUCCGUUUUACUGUUCCGUUUUAUCCUGUACGUUUUUUUCGCCGAUGGCGUAUGUAGUUGUAUAACCGACUUCACACUCGGCACAGUAUUCUUUAUACAGUAAAAUUCGUUCGGUAAAAAAAUUACAUUCCGUUUUGUCAUCGAAUACUGGACGACGGAACAGUAAAAAUAUACGGAUACGUAGAAUUUUAACGGAUAGAUACAUCCUUGUAGAAUAGAGGCGGUAUACUGCGAGUUUUCUGUUCACACAUCGCAUCCAGUAAUGAGGGAUCCGUUGAACGUUAUACGGUGUCUAUGUGUGAACAGACCAUACAUUUAUGACGUAUCCGUUAAAAACGUACCAGUAAAACGGACUCCCAUGUGUGAACGGGCCGUUAAUCGAGACUGUGUUGCGUAUAGGUCUGCACACACAGAUAAAUCUCUGAUUAUCUCUGGCGUAGUCUUUCACGAAUUUUGUAAUCGAAUGUGACAUCGAUAAGCAUGCGAUGACGCUUCUAAACUGAAUUAAUGAAUUUUUAUGGAUUGAUCCGAUAUGUUGGCUACUCCGGAGAUACUAAAUAAAAAUACUUUAUUUACGGAAUGGACGUCGAAGUUUUACAUUAUUAAAGAUCGUCUGUCUUGUAAAGACCUCCGCACAAACUCAAUAACUCCUAAUCCAUUUUUGUCCAUCUAAGAUAGACAUCUUAAUCCAAAUAUUAAUAAAAGUGUGCCAAUAAUCGACGGAUUGUAAUAGAUAAUAGACAUCUGUCGAUACAAGCUAUUCAUGGUAGAUCGGAUCGGUGGAUGUGGUCAAUAGAAGGGUCUGUAUGAAAAUGACAAACAAAAUGUUCAACUGUGUUAAUAUCCGAUUAAAAAGCUAUUUGAUAUGUUUUAAACAUAGACAUGUAGGUAUAUUUAAAUAUUAUUUGUACGGAGCUAUUUUGUUUUUCCGACCUUUAGAAGACGCGAUUUUUUGCCACAGACUUCUUAAUUUGCUUAUCGCAUUCCACAAACCAUGUAGGCUCUAUAAUUUUUAUAACGUAAUAUUAGCUAUGUUCUCAUAUUACCUAUUUGCCAUUGACCCGAGAUCAAACGAGUUUUGAAUGAAGCUUUGUAAGCAAUAUGUCUUUAUCUAUUAUAAAGAGCCUGUUUAAAACUAGCGACCCGACAGCUCCGACAACCUUGAAAAAUUAUAUACAUAAUUUCCUAAUUUAUUCUUUACUAUAUAGUCUUACACAAAUCUUGGAGGACUUCAUGACUUACAAUGCUAUUUGUAACUAUAACUUUCUGGUAUGUAUUAUUAUUACAUUAUGUUUCUUUUUUUUGCGUCUGAAUCGCAAAGUAACUGUUGUGGUCUCUGGCAGCAUGACCAGCGCUGGGAAUCACGUCUGCUCAUUAUGCACAGCAUAAUUCUGAAGCAGGGCCAAUUACAACCACAACAUUACAGACACACACAUUACACACUUAAAAUGUACCUCAUUCCUUUUUUUAUUCUAUAAUUUUUUGUAACUUUAUUUUUUUAUAUUAUCAUUUUGUGUGUUUCUGUGUGUGCUUUAUCAGUUAUAAAUGUUAUGUAAGUCUCUAGGAUAAUGUUGCAUUCGAACCGCGAUUAAUUUUUCUUUUUUUUUGUG